AUGCCUACCAUCCACCUGGACGACGAGGAUGAAACCACUCUAGAUGUGGGAUGGCUGGUGCGCAUUAUCGGCUUAGAGAAGGCGACAGAGCUGAACGGACAAGUUGGCAGCGUGAAGAGAUUUGUGAUCGAGAGGCAGCGAUACUUUUUCUGGAUUGGCCAUGCAGUGCAGAUGGCAGGAUAUGAGGUGGAGCUAUUGAACACUGAAGACAUCAAGUUGAUCCAAGCGCGAAAUCUGGAGCAGUUGCCUAUCUUGGAGGAAGUCGGCAUUUGGUGCAAACUGCUGGAACAGUCCAACGGCAACGCUUCGGAACCUCUGGUCCUACGACAACUGGAACGACUCGAGGAGAUCAACAUGACGGUGGAGCUGCUGGUGCAAACCAAGGUGGGUAAGGCCAUGAACGAGUUUGCCAAGCGUGUGAGCAACGACAAGCCCACUGCGGCGAACAAAGCCCGACAGCUCGUGGCCAAAUGGAAGGUGGAAUACAACCGAUCCAAAGAAGACCGGAAGAAUCAGGAGAAGGAGGCGGAAAAAGAAGCCGCCGCGGCCGAGGCGAAAGCGAAAGCCACAGUCAAAGUGCCACCCGAAGAACGCUGCCUUGCUAGGGAUAGUUCCAAAGGUCAGUGCAAGAACCGCCGACACCAACCCAAAUUUCUGUGCGGUUUGCACCAGCGCAUCCUGGACCAAAAUGGCCAGUUGGAACACGGCUGGAUUUCUGAGAAACCCGAAGCCAAAGCCAACCCCUCUGGAGCAGCCAGGCCCAGUCCCAAGGCUGCAGCCAGUGCAAGUACCGCGGCAUCUGUGGGGGCACAUGGCGCCCAUGGGGUGCAUGGCCUGCGGUCGGAUGUGGCCAUCCGGAUGCACAGCAAUAAAUCGGUGACUGAUGUGAAGCCUAUGGAAAGCCCGGAGGAUGCUGUGAAACUGGUGGAAUCCAUGAGGAGUGUGCCACCUGAAGCCAUCAGUUUUCGCUUGGGCCUCUUGGUGGCCUUAGAUACCUCCCCACGACAUUGCAUGAACAGCUUUGUGAAGAAUGGUGGGGUCGAGAUCCUGUCCAAAUGGUUGAGGAAGAGUGCGGAGGUCCGCUUUGCCUGCUUAAUGGUGCUGCAAAAACUCCCCGUGACCUUUGCAGAUUUGCAGAAAGCCGACAUCCUUGCAACGGUGCAGGCCAUCGAAAACCAAGACCAAGAGGAGGGGCACCGCACAAAUGCCGCAGCUCUGAUUGAGCGCUGGAAGGGAGCGGGCUUCCUCGAACCCCCCUCCAAGCGACGCCGAGUGGAGCCAUCCACGGCGCCCCAAGCGCAGGCGCCCCAGGCGCCCCAGGCGCCCCAGGCGUCCCAGGCGUGGGUGACGGUGGUGGAUGAGCCCGUGGUGGCACAGCCCAGGACCCCGCCAUUGGAAACGCUGCCACCCGCGCGACCUGAAGAGAUUCCAGACUCGCUACAAGCCUUGGAUCCAAGGAUUGCAAGGGUGCUGAUGGACCGACCGGGACUUCAUAGCUUCCUACAGAAGCAUCCUGAUGUGUUGCAGAAUCUCAAUGCAGAUUCGCUCUCUUUCCUCCAGCGGAACUUGCGGAACGUGCAGAGAACCCGCCAGGAGGCACAGGAAACUCCUGAGGCUGCUGGAGUCACAGUCACAGUGUCAGGAUUGGCUGAAAAAACCACAGAGCAAGAUGUGAAUCAACUGGUGAAAGACAUCCAGCUGGAAGCCAUGAAAGUGACCCUGCCUCGGGAGAGCCGUCGAAAACGUUCCUGUGGCACGGCCUUUGUGCUUCUGCCAUCGCUGCAAGAUGCCCAAAAAGUGGUAGAGAGACUCAAUGGUGCACGUUUACACCAGAAGGACCUGACCGUAGAGCUCUUGGAAGAUCGCGGCACGACGAUGUCGACGUCCGGCGAUCCGGGCGAUCCGGGCGGUGUCGGCCGCCCGCGAGUGAAGUGGAAGGCCGAUUCCGAGCUCUGGGAGGUCAUCGUCUUCUCCCCCGAAGAAAGCGUUGCAUGCCUGGGUCAGCGCAUCAACAACCGUGACUUCCAACCGGCCGCGGCCGUUUCGAGUCAACCCAGCAGUUCACAGCAGAUUCACCAUUCACGGUUCCAGGCUGCUCGUCGGGCAGAAGAAAUCAUGGAAUCUGAACAGGUCAGGAAGGCCCUGGCCGGGGCCGUGGAGGCUUGA